UCUUUGUACGCACAUUAUCAUCCAUUCUUCAGGCAGGGGGCGGGAGAGAUACGCAGCCACGCACACACAAGCACACGCUCACACGGCAGACUUGGAAACGUGCUCUUCCCCUCCACCACCACCACGACCACCAGCGGCAGCAGCACUUCUCAGCAGCAGCAGCAGCAACAGCAGCAGCAGCCGUAGGAGUUGCACUUUAGCGCAGCCAGUGUGUGUAAUCAGGCCGAUACAGCGCUGAGUUCACGCCGCGCUCUGCUCAGUGAUAAGGCUCCGAGGAAACAAGAGGGAGCGCACCAUUUAACUGACCUGCCACUUCCUCGUCUACGUCUUCUUCUGCUUUUUAUUUUUACGUUUUUACACAGCUGGACUUUAAAAACGUCACGGUUAUUACAGGCAUCUUGGAAAUUAUUGGAAAACAUUCAAACGGACAGAUAUUGGAAUAACUUUUUCCUCUCCAUCCCAGCUGGGCUUUUAUAAUUGGAUAAUUUCGUAAAAACGUGGGGGUGUAAUAACCUCCCUAUUUUACUUUAUAACAAUGCCGAAGAAGAACAAAGUGGAUUUUUUUACUUGAACUGUUUGAUAAGAAUCUAACAUUAUUGGUUUUGUCCCUCGGCUGUCUCCGCUGUGGAGUAUAGGCCCCUGCGUAAUACCCCCGCGCUCCCUAAAUGCCCGGUCCGCAGCGGCUCGAGGCUGCCCAGCAAGAUGAGCUCGUGGCUGGCGCUGCUGCUCGUGACGGCGGCGUGUCUGCGCUUUGGCGUUGCCGAGGGGGACCCUCUUCCUGCAGCGCUGGUGGAGCUGGUUAGAAACACUCCCAUCUCCUCCAUAGAAGACCUCCAGCUGCUGCUGCUCUCUGACUCCGUAGAUGAAGAGCAGGACACAUCAGCAGCCACUGGAGGUCACAGACUCCCUAGAAGUCUUGAUGCCCAGCCGGCGCAGCAGGCCCUGUGUAAAGUGCGCACGGAGGUGGUGGAGGUGACCAGGUCCAUGUUGGAUCGGAGCAACGCUAACUUCCUGCUGUGGCCGCCAUGUGUGGAGGUGCAACGCUGCUCGGGCUGCUGCAAUGCCAAGAGCCUGCAGUGUGUGCCCGUGGUCACGCACACUAGAUACCUACAGGUCAUGAAGAUUGAAUAUGUGAACAAAAGACCCACAUACGCUAAAGCAGUGGUGUCUGUGGUGGACCAUGUGGAAUGCCGGUGUCAGCCCACUCCAAAACCCCCUCCGCCCAAGAAGAAGACCACGAGAAGACAGCACAGUAGCAGCAGCAGCAGCAGCAACAGCAGCAGGGAGCUCCAUCACAACCAGACGCUCACCACUGCACUGGGACAGGUGAAGUUGCAUUCCAAAGACGAGCUGCACCAGUGGGACGAGCUGAAACAGAACCAGAGGUCUCACAUGGAGCACGAUCACAUGGACCAGCAGUGGAGCCCCAGAGGAGACACCUUCACCCAGGCGGCGGACAGCUCCAGCCUGCACCGAGGGCACCCAUCCCGGGGAGAGGAAUCCUUCCACCUCACCCCUCUCUGGUCCCACAACUCCACCAGCAACAAGACUGCACACUCCGCUGGUAACGUCACUACUGAGGUUAAAGGUAUAGUGCGGGACAUUCCCAGCUUUGGUCUGGAAGAAAGCGCACAAACACAUAGCCCGAUAUGGCACCAAGACAAAUACACACAAAUCCAAACGAGUGCUCCUUCCGCACCUGUCACCCCGGACCCUGUCGCCCACACGGAGGCUAGCAUUGCCAGGGACGACAGGAGGGUCCGUCCCACCAAAGAGCCCAACCCGGACCCGCAGGUGAGACACAGGGACAAUGAGACGCCCCAAAAAGACAGGUUAUUAGAAAGGGAGGAGGCCAAGUUGGAGGAAGAGAAGAGGGAGCUGUUACUUCUCCACAAAAGGCUGGACCAAGAGAAGGAGAUCCUCAGACAGCAGCAGCUCAAAAGAGAAGAGGAGGAGAGGCAAAGGGAGGCUGAUAGUCAUCUGCAUAAACAUCACCACCAUCAUGUGCACACUGCCGCUCCCACAACAGUGACAACCACCACCACAACAACAACCACACAGGCGCCGUCAGCUCCAGCGGGUCCCAGGCCUCCAGCUCAACCGCGGCAGAGGAGGAGGAGGAAAAAUCGCAAACGGAUUAGCAAGGCAGCUAUGAGGGCAAUGCUAAUGUAAAAUAAACUAAGAUGCACCCUGAGAACCUGUGGACAUACCCUGAGAUGAAGCCUCCCAUCUCCUCUCCUGCAGCGUUUAUUCACCUGUCAGUAACUCACCCUGCCAGAUCUCCUAGGUAACACUACUAAUGACUGUUAACCCAACUUCCAUGGAGUCGGACAGAACUAAGGAACACUGGGACAUGUUUCGGAGGAGGACUUUCGUUGGUGGGUGCUCUCGAAAAAGGCACCCCAAGAUGAACUGACAGGUGGCUGGGUGCAGACUGGAACUGCAUAGCUGUAGAACUGUGGACAUAUAGUGCAAUUCUGAACUCCACGUGUUUGGAUAUCGACGGAGAAGGACUGCGACGCCCUCUGUGGAAUGACUUUGUGCUCGGUCAGACACAUUAUGACUACUAAGUACUUUCGGUGCAUAGAAAACAGUUGUAAUCCGAUAUAUAUGAGAGACGGGAGUAGCAGAGUGGUUACAUAAAGAGACAUAGGAAUUGAUUCAAUGCUUACUUCCUGUAGUGGGUACUCUUCGGGUACUCCCACCAUCCUAAAUUAGUGUGAAUGCUAGUCCGUUUGUUCUUGUGUUGGAUGCCCUCCCUGUAAAUGUCAUCUGAAUGGGGUCUGUAGAAUAUCAGGGAGGAAAGGGGGCAGACUUGGCGAGUAGACCAAGACUGUAAAAUGGAUAUGACACUUACUUCAACUUAAAGUAUAAACAACAUGGUCAAACAGUUUAAGGCUUCACAAACAUUAGGCUUCCAUGCUCUUAUAGUGCUAGGGUCACAAUUUAAAGUAGCAAAUUGACUUAUUAAAGGGGACAUCUUCAGAAAGUAUUCAUGUCCUGGGUUGUUAAAAGUAUUGAAAGUCAGAUACUAAUCAAUACUAAAAGUUAGGGAUGUAACAAUAACCAAAAUAUUGUGAUAUUGUAUCGUCAGAAGUCUCGCAAUAAUAUCGAAUUAUAAGUUCCUUUACUUAAAUGCAUUGUUCUUUAGUAGGAACAGCUAAUAAACAUCAGGAACUACGUGUCCCAUGAUUCAUUUCAGCGCAGACAAUAUGAAGAAAUAUGUUUUUUACUUGAAUUCUUGGCAUUCUGACAGUUAUAAUUCACACCAAAACAGCAAAAAAGUGUCCUAUCUAGAAUUUUAUUUGCCAAAAUAUUGCAAUAAAUAUCGUACCGUGAUACGCAUAUCGUGAUAAUAUUGUACCGAGAGAUUUGGAUAUCGUUACAUCUCUACUAAAAGUUAUAUCGAAACUACAUACAUGUUUAAGCAAGUAUCUCAAAUGCAAAAAAUCACAUUAACAGGAUAAAAUUUGAGCUUUCCUGAACAGUUUUAGCCUGAUUUUGAGCUUCGCCAGAACAAAUAUAAGACCUCAUGCUAAGAUCAAGAAAGAACAAUUAUUUUGUUGACGGAAAUUGCAUUCUAUUAGCCUACUAAAAAGGAGAUUUAUUUUUUAAUCUUCAUUGUCAUAUCAUAAUCAGUAUUGAGUAUUGAGUGAAUUCCUUAGUAUCGAAAUCGAGUUUGAAAUUUUAGUAUCGUGACAACACUAUUCAAGUACAAGUUGUGCUAACUCUGUGUAGUACAUAAUAGUAGUUCUCAAAAUAUUCAUAACUGUCAGGAUUACACGAGGACUAGACCAGGACUAACCAAAGCCCGAACCUUGGCCAAACUAGGAGAGGCCCGAACUAAAGCAGGAACUAAGAUGAAAUAAAAUAUAGUAUGUAUUUACACUGAAAAAGUCUAAAAUUACAAUAAUCAUAGUAGAGAAACACUGGUCUAGAGCCCUCACGAGCUUUGAGAGGAACUUCACACAUGUUGCUACUACUACUUUCUAAAAAUACCAAACACGCCAUCUACAAAUUCACUGGAAAAUCUUUAAGAACCUUCAAGGACAGUAGUUUCGUGUACAGCUUGGUAGAAAAAGAAUUAGGAUGGCUGGGCAGGUUACCCACCCGCGACACUCAAAUGGGCUCCACCACCUUGGAGUUUAGGGCAGAAAAUGAUAAAGGAUAAAGGGAAAAAAGAGAAAAUUUGAGAGACAAUCAAACUGAAAAGACCAGUAUUACCAAGUUUGACAACAACUUUUGACACGUAUGCUUUAUGUUCAUAUACAAGUCUCUGUAACAGUAUUUAAUGUGUUUAACUCUAUACACUGGAAUUGCAAACUGGUCAAUCCCACAACACAUUAUCUUUCUCUGUGUCAAAAUUACAUGUGGUCUGACUAUGUGCUAUGUCUUAUUUAUUUACCAUUACCAUAACUGUGGACUAACUUUUUUAUACUGCGACAAAGAUGUUUUUAUUUCUAUACAGAGCUUCAGUGUUGCAUGCUUCUACUCGGUGGUUCUCAACACGGCCACCCAGGUCUGCUUCAUGUAUGAAAUGUUCCACAGUGUGUGGCUGGUGACCACUCCCACACCUCUAGUUCUAGUUCUGCUUUUGUCUUCAGUACAGAUAUGAGUCUUGUCUUUGGAAAAUCAAUCUGUUAAAACCUGGGAAAGCCAUCGUAUGCUACAACAGUAUUUUUCCAUUACAGCACACACUCGAUCUCACUUCCAGACAUUGUUUUGAACAUGAAUAAGUAUGUUGGAACCUGUUAAUUAAAAGCAGGAAGUUACAUGUGCUACAGCACCUAUGGCCUUUUGUUGUCUUGAUUCAUAUAGAGAUGCAAACACUAGUGACGCUGUCCAUAAAGCAGAGUUAACACCAUUUUAAGUUAUUGAAGAUUAUUGUACAGUCUGUGUGCUAACCUAAACUGUUAACUGUUUUAUAUGAAUGAAAGAAGAACUGUGUUUGGUAACACUGCCACCUAAUGCUAUUUUCAUAUGGUAAAGAAGCUUAAAUUAA